UUAGAAUAGAUGGUGAUGAUGUAUAAAGUAGCUCGAGCAUCGGAAUACCUUGUGAUAACGGGAGGAUGGAUCAAGGACAUGAAGCUGACUCGGAAGUCGUGGGUGCUUCCUGGGCAAACAUACACCCGAAUCGACCUCUCCCCUGUGAACUACACCUUCGAGGUCCAAGCCAUGAGCGCGGAGAAGCUCCCCUUCAUCCUCCCGGCUGUGUUCACCAUCGGCCCCCGCACAGACGACCACGAGAGCCUCCUCAAGUACGCAAAGCUCAUGUCCUCCCACGACACCACCUCCAACCACGUGACCGAGCUGGUGGAGGGCGUGAUCGAGGGUGAGACCAGGGUUCUGGCUGCAUCCAUGACCAUGGAGGACAUCUUCAAGGGCACCAAGCAGUUCAAGCAAGAGGUGUUCGACAAAGUCCAGCUCGAACUCAACCAGUUCGGCCUCCUCAUCUACAACGCCAACGUCAAGCAGCUCGUCGACGUCCAAGGCCACGAGUACUUCUCCUAUCUCGGCCAGAAGAUCCAGAUGGAAGCCGCCAACCAGGCCAGAAUUGACGUUGCCGAGGCCAAGAUGAAGGGCGAGGUUGGCGCCAAGCUCCGAGAUGGCCAGACCAAACAGAAUGCUGCUAAGAUCGACGCCGAGACCAAGAUCGUGUCCACCCAGAGGCACGGAGAAGGCAAGAAACAGGAAUGCAAGGUGGAGACCGAGGUCAAGAUUUACCAGAACCAGCAGGAGGCCAUGGCUGCCGAAGCCAACGCCCAACUCGCUAUGAAGAAAGCUGGAUGGGCCAAGGAGGCUGAAGUGGCGCAGGUGGAGUCCAAGAAAGCAGUGGCCAUCCGUGAGGCAGAACUCCAGAGAGAAGUCGAGAGAAUGAACGCACUCACAACCACAGAAAAGCUCAAGGCUGAUUUCCUCACCAAAGCCAACGUAGAGUUUGAAACCAAGUCGCAGGAAGCCAACUCCGCCUUGUACGCCCAACAAAAACUUGCGGAAGCUUAUCUCUACCAGAAGCAGAAAGAGUCGGAGGCGCUCAAGGCUGCAGCAGAGGCUGAGUUAUAUCAACGCAAGCAGAAGGUGGAGGGCGACCUCUACGCCAAGAAGAAGGAAGCCGAAGGCCUCACGGCUCUGGCCGAGGCUCAAGGGAUCUACAUACGCGCCAUUCUCAGUGCAUUCGGAGGAAACUAUGCGGCCAUGAGGGAUUACUUGAUGAUAAAUGGGGGAGUCUUUCAAGAACUUGCAAAGACCAAUGCCGAGGCCGUGCGCGGACUCCAGCCCAACCUCAGCAUCUGGACCAACGGAGACUCUGCUGCUGCUACUAAUGAUGCCAUGAAGGAAGUUGCUGGGAUAUAUAAGAUGCUCCCUCCCUUGCUCAAAACGGUGCACGAACAAACUGGGAUGCUUCCACCCUCAUGGAUGCCUCAACUAACAGAUCAACAACCUAUCGCUAAAAUCUAGCUUCGCA